AUGUCAGAAAGCCUCAGAGUUGCUAUUCUGGGCCCCAAAGGGCAAUGUGGAUCAUGCGUUGUGGAUGAACUCCUGUCCAGAGGCCACAGUGUGGUUGGAAUUUCUCGGUCGCCUCCUAAGACAUGGCCGAAGUCUGGAGAGUACGGCGGCAUUCCAUGCGACUUCAGCGACAUCAGAGGCCUGAGUAAGAUUUUAUCCGAUGGUGGCUUUGAUGCAGUCGUCUCCGCGUUUGCUCCCCCAUUGACCGAUUUCGACGCCGUGUACACUGUGGGCGUGGAAGGCCAUGGUAAUAUCAAGAUGGCUAUCCUCAGAUCGACUUAUCGCGGUCCUUUCAUUAUCAUUGGUGGCGCUGGAUCGCUCUAUUACAAGAAUGGUGUCCAAUUGUGUGAUGAUGAAAGCUUUGCAUUCAAGCACUGGUAUGCAUGGCCCGAUGUCCAUCUGGACUACAUGUCUACACGCAUGCAUGAUCACGGACAGCGAGCGUUUGGUACUUUCAUUCGCACGUUCAAAUGGGCAAGAUCAAACCGCGAGAAUCCUGGCUGUCCACUUGGUCUUAUCUUUUGUUCUCGUGCAGCGCUGACCAUGUGGGAAGGCGUCCUGGAGACAAAAUGGAGCUUUCUAUCACCCCCAUGGCAGCUGCGUGAUAAAGGAAUUCGAACUGGAAAGUACGAGGUACACGUAGACAAUGCUGCCGGCUCUGCCGAGCAUGGAAUCGACAACGGGAUCUACAACGAGGAUAUGGCGGUGGCCAUUGUGGACGAGGUUGAGAACAACAAAUUGAACCACAAGCAUUGGACAUGUACGGGACCAAUUGGAUUGAAGGAGUGGUAG